AUGAGUGAUAAAGCGCCAUCUAGGUCGUAUGACAUGAUUAUGAAGUUGUUGCUUAUCGGCGACUCCGGAGUUGGAAAGUCGUGUUUGUUGUUACGUUUCGUUGAAGACAAGUUCAACCCUUCCUUCAUUACUACGAUCGGCAUUGACUUCAAGAUCAGAACCAUUGAGAGCAAAGGCAAGAAGAUCAAGUUGCAAGUUUGGGACACCGCCGGCCAGGAGCGUUUCCGUACCAUCACCACCUCUUACUAUAGAGGCGCCCGUGGUAUUGUGUUGAUUUACGAUGUCACCGACGCCAGGACUUUCGAGAACGUCGAGAACUGGUUCAACACCGUCACUCCUCAUGCCAAUGAAAACGCCCAGAUCUUCUUGGUUGGUAACAAGAGUGACGACCAGGAAAACAGACAGGUGUCCAGAGAGCAGGGUGAGGAGUUGGCUUCCAAAUUGAAGAUUCCCUUCUUGGAGGCCAGUGCCAAGACCAACGAGAACGUGGAGGCAAUCUUCUACGAGUUGGCUGGCAUUAUCCAGGAGAAGACCGUCGACGAGGAGCCUCAACAGGGCAGCUCAGGUAUUAACGUCUCACUGACCACCAACAGCGUGAAGAACAACUGCUGUUGA